AUGGGCAGAUUUCAGGCCUUCAUGUUCUUCCUUCUUUUGGGGCUGAAACUUUCCAAAGCAGAAGGCAACUGUAUCUUUGUAGAAGUCCAACAGCGCUGUACUUGUUCACUUCUAAACCAGACAGAAUUAAAAAAUGUUGCUGUAUGCCUCCUAGCUGCUGAGUAUGAACUUAAAGGAGGAAAUCUGGAACAGUUUGUAGACUUUUCUGAAAUCAAGCCAGAUUCAAAUAUAGUUGGCAUCCUGAGAGCCGUGCAAGUAAAAAAGCUCAUUUUUACUGACCUCUUUGUGCCAGAGGUUCUCUUACCAGGAGCCCUGGAAUUUAUUUCCUAUACUCCUCUCGUUUCAGAACUUGAAUUUGUUAAUUGCACUUUCCUUAGACUUGAACGGUGGCAAUAUACAGGACCCUUGGAUCUGAAGGUUACCUCUCUGUAUUUCCACAAAGUGAUUGCUGCCCCUCUGGAUGAGAGAUUUGAUAUAUCCAGUCUGAACAGGUGGCUGGAGACCCUGAAGAAUCUGACACUGACAGAGUCACAAGUUACAUCCAUCCCUUGCAAGGUCAUGGCAACUACAGAAGGCAUCAUGGCUGAUGGGAAAGAUCCUUACCUUGGAGUGCUAAAUGGCCGUCCAUUGCAUGUGGAUCUACGGGCACAUCAGACUGCAAGACAAGGCAUUACUUGUGUCAAGAUAUUCACUGUGCAUACGAGCAUCAGAUUGUCUGCUUUCACUUCACCCAUUCUUUAUGCCACAGUCUCUCCUUCUGAAACAUGCACUCACCUGGUAAUCUUGCACUCUUGGAGAGGCAUCUAUAAUGGUAAUGGUAAACUAAUCUGCUUACUCUAAUUUGGAAGCAAUCCUCCAAUAAUUUUAAGAUGAUCUUUGAAAGGAGUUAUGGGGGGGAAAAGAUAAUUUUUGCAAAAGAGUGAAAUGAUACAUGGUGAUUUAACUUCAUGGAGGAUAAAAAUGAGGCUGAGAAAGUAAGCUUGGAGGAUCAGGAAAAGUAUUAACUCAUUAGAACUCACCUAAGAGAAGAACCAUUCCCAGGAAGGCAGACGCAUUUGGACAUGUCCCCAUUUUUGAAUAAUCUAAUAAACCAAUCAUGAGAACCUAGAUUUUUUCCCAAGUACAGUAUAGGAAGAAAUGCAAUAGAGAAGAUUUAACCUGUCUCAAAUGUCAAAUAUCUACUUUUGUAGUGUCUCACUCUUUAGUAUCCAUUUUUUAAAAAAUGCAACACUGAUGUUACUACUAUAGGUGGUGUUUCAGAACAAGCUUCAGUGAAGCUUGUAGCUGUAUCUGAAAACAGCUUCUAAAUAGUCUUUGAAAGGUAUUUUGCUGAAUGAUCAACAGUUUAUUAGACAGAUGGAAGAAGAGAUGGCAGAUUUUCUCAAAAUAGGUGUUGUGGGAUGCUCCAGAAGCAAUGAUUUGAAAUUAUCUCAUUGCAUACACUUCAUAUGAAGAACCAGCUCUAGCUAACAUUAAAUACUUCAAUAGUAAGCAAAAAAAAAAAAUGUUAACUUAAAAUGUAUCCUACUCUUCUGAACAAUAGGUCACUUGUUUUCUGUUAAAUGUGAAUUUAAUGCUCUACUGGGGAACAGGUGAGAAACCUAGUAAAUUAUUAGCUUUUACAUAUAAAUGAAUUAAGCAGUAUACUAUAUUUUGUUUGAACCCCACAUAGGAAAAGGUACUGUAUACUGUACUAGUUCUAGAUCUACCAUUCAACAAUGUUUUUUUAGUAUCUUGUGUACUGCUGUAAUUCUUUGUCAUAUAAUGAUAUACUUUUUUACAGAAUGAGAAACAUUCACAGCUAAGACCGACCAGAUCACAUUACACUUUUUCAAGGAAUAUUGAAUAUAAUUAAAGCCAUGGACCUGGGGAAGACUCUUAACUUUCCAAUAGAUUACAGUAGUAUAAAAAGUUUUAUUAGACGGUUUUUAAAUCUCCUGUGUUGCCUCCUAUUUCAUUAGCGAUAUAUGAUAAAGCUUUUAAAUAAUCCCUUCUAUCCUCGACUUUUAUUUGAGAACAUUUGAGAAAGGUCCUGCUGUGCAUUUCAACUAUAAACUUAUUUCUUUGAUAAAAUCUUAGUAUUCAUACAAUGUCUGUAUAAUGAAACUUGAGCUUUCUUCUAUUAUUCAGGCACUUUAUACUGGAUUUAGAAGGGGCCAUCAAGAAUUGCAAACUGAUAUAAUAGCUUCAACCAUUAUAAUCCAACAAUGACUAUACUUUUGGAUAUUGAUAAUAUUCAAAAUUUUGGGAUAUUGUAGAUUUUUAUAGUAUCUGAAGCUGGCUUUGAUUGAGUAUAAGUUUCCCAAAGUUUUGGCCUACAAUAAACUUGGCUUAUUCAGCUCCUAAAACAUAAAUGGCAUGUUGUCUCUUUUUUAAACAUGUCAAGAGGGCUUCUAUCACCUUUCCUUUCUAAUCUGAUCUUACAGAUUCUUUCUGGGGAAUGAUAGACCACA